AUGGCGAUUACCGGAAAUCUAGGAUUGUUUGGCGAAUGGCAAGUCGAUCGUUGUCUCUUAAUGAAAAGGGCUGAGAACAAUAGAUGGUUUAUUUCAUUGGAGCUGCCACGCAAACAAAUUAUUUAUUAUAGAUAUUUGAUUGUUGCCCUCUACGGCAAGAAUGAAAAAUUCGUACGUUUUUGGGAAACAAAUGAUGAUAAGAGGUGUAUAGAGCUCUCUCCGGAUAUGCCUAUUGAAGACGAUACAAGAAACGAUCUCUUUGGCAUUGUGAAUGGCAAAUUUAAGGUGGAUAGGGGCUGGCUUAGGCAUGGUGUGACGGUAAUACAAUUUAAAGUUUUCAACGCACCAAUUGUAUUAACAAAACCUUCGAAAGCUACGGACUUUUAUAUUAAAAUUAGUCCAAUAAAAAUUAGAAUGAAAACAGAAUGCACGACAGAAGCUAAAGGUAUUUCUGGGCGACGUUCUAAAUUAAUUGACGCUGAGAAUGUGGAAGAAACAUUUGCCUUUUGCGAAGUGACUUCCUUGAAAGAACACGAAGGUGAAUUUGGCUAUCAAUCUAAAUAUGGAAAAGUUGGUAGUCGCGAUGACUUACUUUUGUUUAAUAUAACAUUGAAUGACUUUGAAAAUACAGCUUACGAAAUAGAUAUGUAUUAUUAUCCAUUGAAAGCUGCCAGAGAUCAUCCUCCUUAUCAUUUCGGUUAUAUUUUGGUUAUGCCGCAGAAGUUAAAAUGGUCGGAAGGCUCGCUCACCGAAACUAUAACAUGCGCUUCCACUCAUCGUGCCGUCGGUGUCAUAACGUUUGACUACUUAAUUAUCCGAUCUCUGCCUGAUCGUCAUUUCAAUAUGGAAGCGACCUAUUGCCGUUAUUGGAAACCAAAGCAAAAGACCAUGAAUAUCGGUCGGCGUGGUUGCGGUGUAAGUCACUGGCACGGUAACAAUAUACUGCGAGAGAACACUAUCGAAUCUAUUAAAUGGGCGAUCGAGAGUGGUGCGGAUAUGGUUGAAUUUGAUGUUGGAUGGACUAAAGAUAAAGCUGCUGUACUUUAUCACGAUCUAAUGCUUGACAUUUCUCAGCACGAUGAUAUUGAUAUCCACGAACAUGAUAUUUUGCGCUUUACAAUGGACGAAAAUGAGAAAAAGGAAUUGUUUAAAUAUGCAAAAAAAUUAAAACCCGAUAUACUGACAGUUCCAAUAAAUCAAUUUACACUCGAGCAAUUGCAGCGUGUUAAGGUAUAUGAGCCACCCAUUCGAUCCACUGUUGGAAGGCCUGCAUCUCCCGUCAGACAUAUUGAAAAUCGUCCCUUCGCUACGCUGCCCGAGGUUUUUGAGAAAAUACCGACUGAAGUAUACCUCGUUAUUGACCUUAAGUGGCCGAUACAAUUGAAAAAUCAAAAUUGGGAAGGUGGUGUUACAAUCGGCGAAGAUAUAAACGAAUUUGUCGAUGCAAUACUCGAAAUGACUUUUAAAUUAGCCGGCUCUAGACGUAUUGCGUUCUCAUCCUUAAGAAGUGACAUUUGUACAAUGGUUCGUCUUAAACAAAAUAAAUACCCUGUCAUUUUCUUCGCUAAAGGAUAUGCAAGUGACUAUUUGGAUCCGUUAACCCAGAAAUUGUUUAACAUGUGUGCUUUCGCCCAUGCGAUGCAAUUUUUAGGUAUUGGAACAAACAAUAUAGAACUUUUGAAUCAUAUCGGCAAUCUAUCGUAUAUCAAACGGACAGACUUGCGUAUUUUUAGCUGGGGUGCUGAAAAUCGUUCAUUAGCCGUUCGUGAGAAAAUGGAAUUCAUUGAAGUGAACGGCAUUAUUUGGGACCGUAUAAACAAAGAUAUUGCACCUCCCGAUUUACAGGAGAAUAUUGGCUACAUUGAGCGCCCAAAAGAACAUUCUGAUACUAACCUAAACUGA